AUGGAAUCAAUGUCUAUGACUGACCGUAUUGUCCGUAACAACAAAAGGACUAAUCUCAACAAGGAAAAGGAGAAUCAGAAAGAAGAGGCUAUACGACCCGGAGUUAAGCUCUCGCUCUUUGUGGCUGAAGCAAUGUUCCUCUUAUCUGAUAACCUACCAUUUAACAUUGGAUUAGGAGGAUUGAAUAGCAUUGUUUUGAUUCUCAAAAAUAACAACGUAGUGAAAUCGUGUAGUUUUGAAUACUACAACCAAGAGAUGAAGAAGCUAGAAGAGAAGUUGAGGUCUGCCAAGGAGUUUUCAGAGGCAAAUGGGUUUGUGAGGGAAGAGAUAAAGUCUAACAUUCUUCACUUGUGGAAGUCUCUCUUUGAAGCAACACCGGAAGUGAUGAAACCUAAUAAGCUUAUACUAUUUGAGAUGUUUAUGCCUAUCCAGGUCGAAGAUCUCUGUCGUCAUCUUGCUUCUUUACUCAUAUGAAUUAGAGUUUCUUAGAUUGGAUGACCUUAUUUUAUCGCAGAUUGUUAUUCCGCUUGUCUAUGUAGGAAACUAGAGACAUAUUUGCUUGUCUUUUUCUUUUCUUUUUAUUAGAAUAGGUAUAAUCUCAAUUGAUGAGUUCCUUGACAU